AUGUCUGAUAAAUCAGAUAAAAACCCAUAUAGCUUGUCCAAGUUUAGUAGUUCUAAAUCAAGAGUAAACUUAGAUAACCAAUAUGUUGAAUCUGAACUCGAAGUCUUAGAUGAUUUUUAA